GCACCUCAAAGCAAACCCUCCAGGAAACUAAACACAUAUACCACCUUCCAUCUUCCAGGACCCUGAUCUCCUUCUGGGCAGACAUCCCUGUUCAGCCUAUUCAUCUGUAAGCCUUCACUCCUGUCUGUGCUGAACAGGGUUGAGGAGAAAACACGUGUUUUCAACCACUGAAGACCACAUAAUUGGCUGGGUCUGCUAGGCCUUUUCGCGGAUUUUUGGUUCUUCUGCUCUCACUGCUUCGCGGAGUUAUGCCAUGUGGACAGCAACUACAGGAUCAGUAACCUGCUUUCCUCCUUGAAGUCCUGGGGGGAAGCCAUGGACUCCACCAGGUCUGCACCCCUGAAAGAACCACCAGAGGCUGAAGAUGGAAACAUAGAAUAUAAACUGAAGCUGGUGAAUCCAUCCCAGUACCGUUUUGAACACCUGGUGACACAGAUGAAGUGGCGACUCCAGGAAGGCCGUGGUGAGGCCGUCUACCAGAUUGGGGUAGAGGACAAUGGGCUGCUGGUAGGGCUUGCCGAGGAGGAGAUGCGGGCCUCUCUCAAGACCCUGCACCGGAUGGCGGAGAAGGUUGGGGCAGACAUCACUGUUCUCCGGGAGCGCGAAGUGGACUAUGAUAGUGACACGCCCCGGAAGAUCACAGAGGUGCUGGUACGGAAGGUCCCUGACAACCAACAGUUUCUGGACCUCCGUGUGGCCGUCUUGGGCAAUGUGGACUCAGGGAAGUCGACUCUGCUUGGAGUCCUGACCCAGGGAGAGCUGGACAAUGGGCGGGGCCGGGCUCGGCUCAACCUUUUCCGCCACCUGCAUGAGAUUCAGUCUGGACGAACCUCCAGCAUCAGCUUCGAGAUCCUGGGCUUUAACAGCAAGGGAGAGGUGGUGAAUUACAGUGACUCACGGACGGCAGAAGAGAUCUGUGAGAGCAGCUCCAAGAUGAUCACCUUCAUCGACCUGGCAGGCCACCACAAGUACCUGCACACCACCAUCUUCGGCCUCACCUCAUACUGCCCUGACUGUGCCCUGCUCCUCGUCAGCGCGAACACUGGCAUUGCUGGCACCACAAGGGAACAUCUGGGGCUGGCACUAGCCCUGAAGGUGCCCUUCUUCAUCGUGGUCAGCAAGGUAGACCUGUGUGCCAAGACCACAGUGGAGAGGACAGUACGCCAGCUAGAGCGGGUCCUCAAGCAGCCUGGCUGCCACAAGGUCCCCAUGCUGGUCACCUCCGAGGACGAUGCUGUCACUGCUGCCCAGCAGUUUGCCCAGUCCCCCAAUGUCACCCCCAUCUUCACACUAUCUAGUGUGUCUGGAGAGAGUCUGGACCUGCUUAAAGUCUUUCUGAAUAUCCUGCCACCACUCACCAACAGCAAAGAGCAGGAAGAACUCAUGCAGCAGCUGACAGAGUUCCAGGUGGAUGAAAUCUAUACAGUACCAGAGGUGGGGACAGUUGUUGGAGGGACACUUUCCAGUGGGAUUUGCCGUGAGGGGGACCAGCUGGUGGUGGGCCCCACGGAUGAUGGCUGCUUCCUGGAGCUGAGAGUAUGCAGCAUCCAGCGCAACCGCUCUGCCUGUCGUGUGCUGCGAGCUGGUCAAGCUGCUACGUUGGCCCUCGGAGACUUUGACCGUGCACUCCUUCGCAAGGGCAUGGUGAUGGUGAGCCCAGAGAUGAACCCCACCAUCUGCUCAGUGUUCGAGGCCGAGAUAGUCCUGCUAUUCCAUGCCACCACCUUCCGGCGAGGUUUCCAGGUGACGGUACAUGUGGGCAACGUACGUCAGACGGCAGUGGUGGAGAAGAUCCACGCCAAGGACAAGCUGCGGACAGGGGAGAAGGCAGUGGUACGUUUCCGCUUCCUGAAACACCCAGAGUACCUGAAGGUGGGCGCCAAGCUGCUGUUCCGGGAGGGUGUCACCAAGGGCAUCGGCCAUGUCACUGAUGUGCAAGCCAUUGCAGCAGGAGAGGCCCAGGCCAACAUGGGCUUCUGAACUCCUCCAGGCAGGCACAGCUCUAUUGCUGUCCCUACAAUACAUAAGGUGACUUCUGGCCAUGCUGCCCCGCCAUUGGCGGCUCUGUGUGUUCAUAGGCUAGGGAGAGAGAGGUGCCUCUGCUGCUUGCUCCCUGCCACCUUUUCUGGAGAGAUGCCAAGCUUGGUGUGGCCAGGAGGGGCAGUCUUAGGGAGAAGACAGGAGAAUUCAGGGCAAUGCUUGGCAGCUGUGUGUCCACCUGGUUGGCUCAUCAAGCCCGGCAACCCCACGGCCUGUCUAUGGAGGGAGCUGACGCCACCUCAGCCCCACUGUCAGGACUGGGCAUGAUUCACCGGUGUGGUCCCUGCACGUCAGAAAUUGUCAAAACAACUGGGGGUGGUCCUCGAAAGCACUCCUUUUUCUAUACCUCUUCUCAAGGCCAUGUAAAUUGCCCAUCUCUACCUGACUGUGGACAAAAGACACCUGCCUCUGGCCGUCUGGUGGCCCAGGGUCUGAAGAAAUGGCACAGGGACAGUAAAUGGCAGUGCUCCCAACCUGUGCUGAGACAUGAGGUCUGCUCCUCAGCUUUCUCUCCCUUCCCUUCUUCACUCAAGGGCCAUGUCCCUGGUUUUCCCUCUCAAAGGCCCCACAGGUGCUAUUUGUUGUGCUGGCCCAGGUGUGGGGCCACCAAGCUAAGGCUUGGUUUACCGAAGGUCAGCUGCAUGUCAAUCAGUCUUGUCCCCUCCUCUGCAGUGAUCCGUUGGUUUUAAUGCUGGAUCAAACAGUAUGUUUUACUUUCCCAGACGUGGCUGGGGCCCUGACCCACAGCUCCCCAUCCCGCCACCCUCACCUCCCUUCCUGCCUCCACAUUAGUUCUCUCUUGUUUUAGUGGUUUGCAGUGAACAUCCCUUUCCCUCUGUUGCAGGGAACCUGGAGGAAAGGGAAAGAUGUUGCCAUAUUUCCUAUUCUUUAGGGCAUGGAUUCCCUCCUUUUCCUUUGUUAAUGUCCUGGGUUCCCAUGGACUCAGGGAUUUGUUGGUUGAGGUUUCUCUGCAUAUAUAUACAUAUAUAUAUUUAAAUACACAUUAUAUAUAUAUUGUACAGAAUAAAAAUGUUUUAUUGAACA